AUGGAUGAAUACCGCCCUACUGAUCGCCGUAAAAUCGUUUCGUGGGACAAUUAUUUGGAUCACGGACGUCUGAAAACUAUACAUAUGAUGAAGGAACGUGACAAAUCACAAAAAAUGCAAAGGAUUCACACUGUUGUUGUUGAACCCAAUCCCGUCAGGAUACCAGGAGUAUUUACGGCACGGUGUCCAUCGAUGAGCUCAUCAUUGGCGGGGGACUACACACCAAACGCCAUAACAUGGAUUCGAACCCCAUCCAUCUCUGAUUUACAAAAUGGCAAUCGGGAAGAGAUUAUUCACUAUUCAACCAAAUCUCGUAUGAUAAAAGCUCUAUCGAAAAGGGACGGACUGGAUGAGCGCAGUUAUAUUUAUCCACCACAAAAGUGGAGCGAUUCGCACACAUUAGAUGUUAUUGGCCUCGUUCCAGAGGAUUACGGAUUUUAUAUUUGUGUGACUACGUUCUUAUCAGGAAGCGGCUCACACUCAACCUUGAAUAUAACUAAGAGAUCAGACAAUCCUCUGUGUAUCAUGCCACCGGUCAAAUCGCCAAAACUCACCGUUUCUAGUCUCCUUACCGAUAAUUCUACCGGUGAAGGAAUCGGAGUAUGCCAUCCGCCCAACGUAACCCUUUUGCUUAAGUGUGAUGCGACCGCUUUUCGCCUAUUCUGUGAAAAAGCUGAUCAAGAUGCGAAUGGGGUUCGCCUAAUUGAGACGUCUCUAGCAGCAUAUAUUCACCUUAUCACGAGUGGAAGACAAAGAUACGUCCUCGAGAUCACAACUCCAAUUAUCAGAAUACGUCCUCUUCAGCUUCCUGGAUCUGUGGAACAAACAACGGUUGAAAAGUUUUGGAGUCUUCCUUUAAAGCAAGAAUACGAUGGUGCUUAUUUGACGUGUCGUGCCAAACCCAGUGUAACCCAAACACCACCAGACGGAGUGAAAUUUCUUAACUGGCUAAAUGAUCAGUUUGAUGAAGUGCGACAGGGCCAUCUUGUCACACGCUCCCGUCCAGUCCGGAUUUGUGUUUCAUCCAAAGAAUCAGUCAUUCGAAUCGAUCCAAUACCCAAUAGAUGGGUAUCUGAUAAAAAGAUUGGUGUCAUUGAGCUGAUUCCAAAUCAAGUAAUGACUUGUACAAUCUACAAUAGUGGCAUGUUGAAACUGGAACUAAUGAUUUUUCCCAUUCUGUCAGGAAAAUCGAAAUUGGCAUUGUCCACCGGUUUGCAUGGGAUAGAAAUGUGGUUGGAUAAGGACGAAUAUCCGGUGCAGUGGAAAACCUACUCAGAAGCCAACCGGAUUCGCUUACUUGUUCCAAAUGGCGAAAUAAUUUCAACAGAACACAUGGUGAUCUGCAUCGCAAAACCUGUCGGUUUGAAUCAAGUAAGUCGACCAUGCCGCUAUGAUAUUCUUGAACUUAUAUUUAGGAGUCGAUUUAACAAUGGGUAG